AUGUCUUCUGAAUCCCCUCAAAAGUACUACAAAGUCGCGGUUCUUCUAUUUCCAGGCGCAGACAUCCUCGACUUUGCAGGCCCAAUCGAAGUCCUAUCCCAUGUCUCGCACAACCAAAACCCAGAAAACCCCAACAGAAUGUUCGAGAUCAAAACUGUCGCUUGCAGCCCUACCAUUUGUGCCGCAAGUUCACUCACCGUUCACGCAGACCUGCUUUUGCCAGAUGCGGUCGAUCAGAUUUCGGAGUUUCAUAUCAUGGUCGUCCCUGGUGGCCCCCCGCCAGUUUUACAGCCAUUAAUGGAAAGAAACACACCGGAGAUCGAUUUGAUUCGCAAAUUUGCAGCUCUUUCUGCAGAUAAAUUCACAGGCCCCAGGAUUUUGCUGUCGGUCUGUACCGGCUCCUUUCUGCUCGGGGCCGCAGGUUUACUGGGUGGAAUGACUGUGACGACCCAUCACCAUGCUCUUGACAAACUUCGGGAUAUUUGUGCUCAGUCCAAUUCCCCGGGCGAACUUGCUACGACCGUACUGCACAAGCGAUACCUUGAUGCGGGUCUGUUAAAAGGACGCAGUGUUCGGCUUCUUACGGCGGGAGGGGUAAGCUCGGGCUUAGACGCCACAUAUUACCUUGUUAGUCAAUUGACAACACAUGAUAUGGCGGCAUUCAUCGCUCGACUGAUGGAGUAUGAUUGGCGUGAGCUGAAAGAGUGA